AUGUCUGAAGAAAUUGGCCCACAAAUUCCUGAAAACCUAGUACCAAAAUUUCAAAAAGAAAGUAAUAACGAAGAAAAUGCAUCCUCACCAGAUAUUGGUCCCCAAUUUGAUACAGACAACAUGGACAAAACGAGAUUAGAACGAGAAACCCAAAGAUCUAAUAGUAAUAGUAAUAUAGGAUCCAUGACUCCUAAGGUAUCUUCAAAUUUUGAAGAACAAGAAGAAAAUAUUGAAGAUAUAGAUGCUUACCUGCCAGCUUUACCACCUGACAUACUUGCAGAACGACAAAGGAAAAAAGAAGAACAAGGAAAGAAGACGUCAGGAAUAAAAGAAACGACUUAUAAACGACAAAUAGGACCUACGAUGCCACUUAAUAUUAAUGAUGAAUAUCAAAAUUCGGAAGAGGAAGAAAUUAUAGGACCAGUAUUUCCAAAAGACCUUGAUGAAAAUGACGAUAAAUAUGCUUUAGAAAGGACAAUUCAAGAAUUUGAAGAAAGAUCAGAGAGAAUGCGGUCAAGCCUUGAAGAUGAAAAAAGUGAAAAACGGUCAGGACGUGGGGAAUGGAUGUUAGUUCCGCCACCACAAGUCAGAUAUUUAGAGGAACACUCCGAGAAAUAUUUAAAAUCCAAAAAAUGGAAAGAUGAUGAUGUUAGAAAUCGUCCAUUCGAUCGUGAGAAAGAUGUUUUGGGUCCACGUCGCAUGGAUUCCCGUAAACGACAAGAAAUUUUGGAUAAUGCAAAGGAAUUAUCUUCUAAAUUUUAUCAUGGGAAACAUGGAUCUUUUCUUUAA